AUGUUCCCCUUUGAUUCGGCUGAUCUCCCGCAACUCACAGCGCGCAAAGCGUUCAUCGGCGUCGAUUUCCAAUCUGAUUUCACGGCAAAAGAUGGCGCACUAGCAUACCCCGAGCCCGAAGGCUAUGUUGAGCGUGCUGCCAAAUUGGCCACAAUCUUUCGUCAAUACGCCAAAACUACUGGUGGCGACGUGGUCUGGGUCAAGUCGCAGUUUGACGGCACCCGUGCUGUCGACGAAGAGUCGAUCAUUGUCUCAGACGAGCCGUCGCCGCCACCGGAACCCAAGGCUAGAUCAGCAGUACCCCAAGCGCUGCGGGCCUCAAGGCGCAGGCUCUCUCCCACCCUUGAAGAUGCAGUUGAAGCAGCUGGUCCACCAGAUGAUGAAGCUUUCCUCAGUCAGAAUGAACCCAAGUGCCUCCACACGCCCGCGGCCAGCGACUGGGCGCCGGAGAUCAAGGCUGCCAUGGACACGACAGACAUGUCCCUGGCGAAAUCACAUUACUCGGCCUUCAAGGAUACGCGCUUGCUGCACCUACUCAGAGCAAAGUUGGUGAUGGAGGUCGUGAUCUGCGGAUCCAUGGCCAACGUGGGUGUGUUGGCGACAGCCAUGGAUGCAGCCGGCCACGGCAUGGCCAUCACUGUGGUGGAAGACUGCUGCGGGUACAGGAGCGAAGCACGGCAAAGUCAAGCAAUCAGGGACCUCAUUGAGUUCACUGGCUGUGAGAUCGCGUCGUAUGAGGAGAUGCUGGAGACCAUUGAUCCCAAGCUUGCCAGGCCCAAGCAAGUCGCCAAGCCCAUGGCAGCCACCAAGGAGGCCGCUCGUCUCAGCAGCUCGCCAGACAUCGUCAACCCCAUGACUGGCUUGCGACUUAAAUCACGGUCGCCACUGGACGCAGAAGGCAACGCAGCGGAUGCCUCUGCGUCAACAGCACCUGAGACGGAGUCACCUAAGAAACUCUGCGAAGGCGAUACUGAUAUCAUCGAGAAACUCUUGCCGAAGGACCUUGAGGCUGGUAUAUUCGACAAGGUCCGUGAAGAGGUUGAAUGGCAGCGCAUGUCGCAUCAAGGCGGCGAAGUACCGCGGCUCGUCGCUGUUCAAAGAGAGGUCGCAGAAGAUGGAAGCAUACCAGUGUACCGCCACCCCUCGGAUCAGUCACCGCCUUCUUUGCCAUUCUCACCAACAGUACUCGCCAUCAAAAAAGCAACGGAGAAGCAUCUCGGCCACAAGCUGAACCAUGCCCUGAUACAGUACUAUCGCGAUGGCUUGGACCACAUCUCCGAGCAUAGCGACAAGACUCUUGACAUUGUCCCGGGAUCUUACAUUGCGAAUGUCAGUCUGGGCGCGGAGAGGACCAUGGUUUUCAGGUCAAAGAGGGCUGAAAAGGACCAUACUGCCUCUUCUGACUCCCCCAAGCAGGGCGCACCAAGACAAACUCAACGCGCGCAGCUCCCCCACAACUCCCUGUGUCGGAUGGGCCUCAAAACGAACAUGAAAUGGACGCACUCGAUCCGACAGGACAAGCGCGCCGAGCGUGAAAAGACCGAAGCCGAGCUCGCCUAUUCUGGUCGCCGCAUCUCGCUGACGUUCCGUCAAAUAGGCACUUUUCUCGACAAGGACGAGACGGUUAUCUGGGGACAGGGGGCCACAGGGAAGACUCGCGCCGAAGCGAAGCCCAUUGCUAAUGGCCGGGGCGCUGAAGCUGUCGACAUGAUCAAAGCUUUUGGCGCCGAAAACAACAGCACCACUUUUGACUGGAGCGCACGGUACGGAAGUGGGUUUGACGUUUUGCAUAUGAGCAACUCGCCUCGUUUCUUUACCUCGUCGGACUCGCAUGUCAACUUGCGCAUUGCACUGAUGCUGGCGGAACUGAACAUUACGUAUGCAAAGGGCAGCGUUGAUCCCGGUUCCUCAGAAAGCUCUCGGGUGGACAGAGCGCAUGCGCCACCUGUCAAGUUUGUCGACGUUGACGAGGCUAAGUCCACAGUCUCGGGUGGUCUGGCAGUGAUGAUGUAUCUCGACAAGACUCACUCUACAAUGACGCCGGACAAGGCUUUCACAAGGCUCGAGGAGGCGUUGGACUUGGUGACGGCAGUUGGCAGGAUGUCGGCGGAUGCACAAAUGUCUAGUGAAAUCGGAUCGCUUCUCAGCCCCUGGGAUGCAUAUGCGGCCGAAGGUGACUUUCUCGCUGGGAAAAGACCCUCUUUGCCCGACUUUGUGGUCUGGCCCGUCAUUCAUGAGUUGCACAAGGAACACAGUGGGAGCGAGUUCCUCAAAGGCCUAGAUCAUCUGGAGAAAUACUACAAAACGGUCAAGGAGCGGGAGCAAACAAAGAUUGCCCUCGAGAAGACUGCACCUCCCAUCAACGAUAAGUAG